CCUGAUGACACAGGCAGCUGAUUGGGUCAGUGCCAUGAAAAACUAAUUACCCUGGACCCCAGCAGUCUCCCCUGGCCUCAUCCUUUCAGUGUUUUUACAAAAACGGCAUCAGUUAUACAAAAGCAUCAGGAUUGCUAUGCACAUAAAUGCACAAAUUCCUCUUUGUAGGGGAUUCAGUAAAUAUGUACCAUGUUUUAAAUACAUAUAUCAGAUUCUUUCCACUUUCAGGUACAAUAUAAUAUUUUACUGGAUGGGAAUGGGGGAAAUUAAGCUCUGACCCUGUGGUAGGCAGAUUUGCCGGCCGAUGGAACGUGGACAAACUACCACCUUUUACCUUAGAGCAAUCUGCAGUUCCUACUAAAAACAGCAGGGGUCGGCAUUUCGUCUGACGAAUGCAGUGCAGUUCGGAAAAUCUACUGAAACCUUGGAAGUAUUCAAAUAUUAGAAACUGAAUAUAAAUGCAAGGCUGAGUCUUGAUGUAUAAUAACUGUAAUCCUUAAAAACCACGUGGCUCACUAAAGUAUUCACAACUAUACAUACUAAGUAAUCGAUGCUGACGUUUAACUUGGAGUUGACGUUCUUAUUGGCGUUUGCUCUGCCAACGUAAACAAAACAAAAAAAAAGUUGGCGGAAAGCGGCUACCCGAAAUACAAAUGAUGACGCAUAUCAUACAUAUGCCUAUUUCUUGCUAUUUGAAACUAUACGUACUCUACUUUAUAAUAUAUAUUUUACAACCUUGGUGAAGCAAACAGGAUGUGGUAUGUAUUUGUUACAGUGUGGGAAGAGAACCUAACCUAUAACUCCGUGCCAAUGGACAAGAACGGCCGUAUAUGCGGCUAUAUUUACAAAGUAGAUAGCUGACAGAUAAUUAAGGAAACGCUGAUGCAAUAAAACAAAGCGCACAUUUGGGUUAAACAUUAAAGUAAUAAUGUAAGUCACUCCACUGGCUAAAUCAGCAUAUAUUUUAAGGUUAUGUGUAUUCUAAUUAACGUUCCUAAUUAGGGGAUAAGGCUUUCAUUUUCUAUUCCUUUAUAAACCACUACUGAGAAUAAUAAAAACGUUCAAUUGAAAUGCGACACUCGAUCCUUUGUUGCGUUAAGGCUCAGUCGGCGCUGUAAUAGGUCUUAUUUGUAAAUGGGAAAACCAUUGUGUUCCCCCUUUCCAAACCUGUAACAGGAAGCACUGGGUGGCACCUUUUAACUUUUUUAAUGUAGGCCGUACAUUCAUAAAUAGACUAGUCGUUUUGAGAAUGUGAUAUGGGAGACCCCGAAGAAUGCUUUUUGGAUGCACCAAAUCACACGUCCACACAUCAAGCACAAAUUGUUAUUCAUAUAUGUGGUAUUUUAAAAGUGCGAAAUUUAUUUAAUUUUAAAUGUAGUUUAAAUCCGCGAUAUGACGAUAAGAAGCCAAUGAUGAUUCGCAUCAAGAUCCUGUUCGCAAUAUACUUUAAUUUCAGCCGCUUAUGAUCGUUUUACGCUACAAAUAAGUCUCUAAGUAAACAAUGACGCAAAAUAACGUAAAAUAAAAGUGGAAAACCUCCAUAUCAUCUGACGGCACUUCUAUAGCAAUACAAUAUCUGGUCUGUUUACGCCGGAGAAACUGCCGUGUGUUUUGAGGAAGAGGACGUCGUUCCCCGAAAACCUGCCAGCUGAUAUUUGCCCCAGGAUCGCCCUGUCCAGUCGGUAUGGCUCGCACUGUCGUUACUGACAGCUUGCUGUGACACUGACGUCGCCUGACGCGCCGUGAGUGGGAGGCACCGUGUCACUGUAACCCGGCCAGCAGCUUAGGAUGGCCGCAUUUUCACUCGGCGGUCCGACCGGUUUUUGUCCGUUUGCCCUCCUCUCCUCCUCCUCCUCCUCCUCCUCCCCUUUCCCCUCCGCCCUCCCUGGCGCUGCAAUGCUUCCACCUUGCUAGAGGUCUGUAGUCGCUUAGAAAAGACCCAUGAGGAGGCCUCCUUUCACUUUGUCGCUUUCAGGAAGCGGCUUUGUGGUGGUGGACGGGCUUCUGGGAUCGCAGAUUUCACCUGGAAACCAUUUAGACAUUAAGAGCCGGAGUUCAACAAGUGCCACCGGGAGAUCGCCGUCUUGUUUUGAGUUUUGAGCGCUUUUAAGAUUUUUUUUUUGGUUGCCCGUCAUCGUCGCUUCAAACUUAUUUUUUUCAUUUGUUGUCUAUUCCGUCACUGCGAUUGUCUUAUAUCAGUCGGUUAAUUAUGUGCGAUUAAUUAUUGUAGGCUAUCGUUUUGUAACGUGUUGUUGUUCUGUCCAUUAUGCACCUUGUGCCUUAAACGCAAAUUAUUUCGUAUGAGUGAUUAGCCGCCGAUUCGCUAAAGCUGGUAUCAGGUGUAACAAAGAUGGGGACAAAGCAGAGUAUUCCAGCUGCGGAUGGCAGGACCCGAGCAUACUCUAGUUCGGAUAUGCCUUCAAGCGCCCCCAGUGCUUCCAGUAACAGCAGUGGCAGGGCUCUGGCUAUGAGGUACCAGGCGUACAGCGCCGCAGCGCACGGCACCUCGAGGAUCGCCUCUGCACCUGGAUCCGUGGGCAACGCCGGAGGGGGAUCUGGGUUUCGACCCCAGUCAGUGCAUCCAGGCGGCCUGAAUAUCGCCAGGCGUCGGGAGUCCGACAGCACCGGUGCCUCCGAGGAGAGCGACGCCCCCCGAGCGCCGCGUUUCCUGAUUGGGUCGCUGCCUGCGCACCUUUCGCCUCACGUCUUCGAAGGUUUCAGGUGUCCCGUCUGUUCCAAGUUUGUCCCUGCUGACGAGACGGACUUCCACCUCGUCAUGUGUUUUACGAAGCUAGGGGUCACCUAUAAUGAGGAUGUUCUGGUGAAGGAUGCCGGGGAGUGCGCGAUAUGCCUGGAAGACUUGGAACAGGGAGACACUAUCGCUCGCCUGCCCUGCCUCUGCAUCUACCACAAGGGGUGUAUAGAUGAGUGGUUUGAAGUAAACCGUUCAUGCCCAGAACACCCCUCUGAUUAAGGGCCGCCCUGAGGUCUUGGCCACGUGCAGGUUCCUGAUUUUUCCUCUGAGGCAUUAAAUCGCCCUUCAGUACCUAGAGAGAAACAGUGUCUCUCUCCUUUUUUGUGUUUUAUUUUGUUUGUUUUUAUUAUGUUGCCAAGGAGGAAGAGAAAUUCUGGUGAGACCUUUGUUGCUUGGAUGUGCCAAAGCUUAUUAAAAGCAGUCGUCAGGGAAUCACCUUUGCAUGAGUUCACAUACAAGUUCUCCCUCAACGUCAGCGGGCUGAGGGGGCCAUGGCAACGUCAGGCGUUCAGUCAUUUCACUGUUUAUGGUUCGCUAAGACUCCCCUUCAACUACAGCGUUGACCAAUCAAGGAAGCCUCUUUGGAGCUCAGCUGCUUCUACCCCUGGAUGACGGACACAGGCUCCUCCAAUGAGCACUCAUCUGAGUGUGCUUCAGCACCGCCUCUCCAGGAAGUGUCUUGCUGCCUGACUUCUCACUGUUGUGUAGUUCCUGUGGCCGGGCUGGUCACAAUGCAGCUUCACAAGUGCCUUCCCAGUGCAAUCUGCAAGAAGCCUGCAUGUUAGCAAGGCUCAGACAGACAGCACUAUGGUGCUUUGUGGCGUGAAUUAUUAUAUCUGGGGAGGUCUGGUGGGAAAGAGCUCCCCCCAAGUGGCAGAUGUAAGGCAUCGCAUCUGCCUGUGGGAAUCUUGAGGAGAUCUUUGGAUGGACAUAUGGCCCAGAAUUUCACCUCAUAUCAGAAGUGCCACCAGCAGUCUAGGACAAGCAGAGGCCUUCAGAGUCACAUCCUUGCAAAAAUGUAGCAGACUUACAGCAGCACAUCAAAGCCUUAACAAAUCCCAGAGAGUUCUGGGAAACUGUUAUUGUUCAUGUGCAAUACUGCGGACUGGUUAUUUCAAAAUCCUGCUUUAACGAAACUGUGUGAUUCACGGAGUGAUGUUACAGUGGUAGUGGGAAGGGAUUUGUUGAAUUUUAAUUAAUUAAAAUUGUAACAUUUCAAGUUCUGCUCUCUCUUGAAUACUUGAAACGAUGCUUUAGAUAUUCUUGGGUUUCGAAUUCUGAUACCAAAGAAAAUAAGAUGAGUGCUGUAGAAAUGUUGGAUGCUAGAUAGAACUUCCCGUUUCACCGUGACGUCCCUGUAGUAGAGGUUUGCGCGUUACUUCAAUCCCUGUGAGACAUAGCACAUUAAGAAGUGCCAUCACCUCAGUGUUAUGUAACGUGGCGGAGGUCAUGUGAUGGGCGGUCCUGUUCAGAUACUCCCCCUGAUUCAUUAAUGCUUUUUCAUACCAUCAAGGUCAGACGGAGACCCAUUGAUCUGUAUCCAAAUAUAUGAAAAGCUGUGCUAAAAUUAGUGACUGUUAUUUGUUUGUUUGUACAAUUUGCAUCAGAACCAGCCCCUUCCGCCUUUAUUUCCCGCUGUAUUCGGCGUCUUGGAGCUGAGACGUCUGCUGUUAGCAUGAAUCCGGAGCAGCAUGCAAUUCCCCUCCCCACCCACUCCCCCCAGCAGAAAGUAUCCAACUCUCUUUGACCUGUAGCACAUAAUUAGUCAAUCAGGAACGUUACAAACACAUAGAAUAUUCUACUCGUGAUUAAACAUUUCAGUUUACCUAGAUGUGUAAGGUAAAUGUAAGAAGUAUGACCGGGAGAUUUCAUAAAAAAUUGUGUACAUUAAAGAAAUGAUUAAAAAUAAUUUUUACCACC